CUCUCCCAUGGUAACAUGCAUUGGAUUCUGACCUUAGUGGAAUCCAAGUGUCUGUUUUGGAUUUGAGUCUGAUACCCUCGAUUCCUUGGUUGAAAAAGAGAAACUUCUUCCUAUAAUUUUUAGCUUCUGCUCAGUAUACGAAGAGAAGCAUUCCGACUACGGUUCACGUCCAUCUCGAACUGCGCGUAUGCGUCAUCUUCGGCAUCGCCAUGAACUACUGAUACUGCCCCUGUUUCUGUGGAAGAUCAAUAAGGAUCCCAAACCGAUCAACUCUUAUCAGGGAACUGAUGGAAAUGGCGGCCUUAGGUUCAACCUUAAUGGAAAUGGCGAACUCAGUCUCAGACGACACUACAUUCUGAAGUAAGUUGGAAUAGCUUCUUCAACGAGUUAGGCGGCGGAAGUUAAAAAAUCGAAGGCCGCCAACUUCUCCCAUUAAGUUCUUGGAUGCUUGUGUUUUGUCCAAGAAUCGAGUAGAUACAGUGGUUGUGUUGAUAGUGGAUUGGUAUUCUGAGAGUUUCAGUUCGUUUUGAAAUGGCAUCGGCGUUUUCUGGUGAUGAUCUUGGGAGUAGCCGCAGAAGUUGGACUUCCACAAGCUUUCGCGAAGUGUGGACGGCUCCACCCGAUGUCUUCAAGAGGAGCAGGAGGGAUGGCGAGGAUGAAGAGGACGAGCUGAAAUGGGCUGCCAUUGAGAGGCUCCCGACUUUCGAUAGGUUGAGGAGAGGGAUACUUAAGCAAGCUAUGGACAAUGGUAAGGUUGUUCAUGAUGAGGUUGAUCUUACCAAUCUCCGGAUUCAAGACAAGAAGCUGCUCCUGGAGAGCAUUCUCAAGUUCGUCGAAGACGACAAUGAGAAAUUCCUUCGCAGGCUCAGAGACCGAACUGAACGGGUUGAAAUUGAGAUUCCUAAGAUUGAGGUUCGUUUCGAGCACUUGUCAGUAGAGGGAGAUGCGUAUGUUGGAAGCAGGGCUCUUCCCACUCUACCCAAUGCUACCUUGAACACAAUCGCGGGAGUUCUUGGAAUGCUCCGGCUUUCGCCUUCAAAGAAGAGGGUUGUCAAGAUACUUCAUGAUGUCAGUGGAAUAGUGAGACCAUCAAGGAUGACACUGCUUCUGGGACCUCCGGGCUCAGGGAAAACAACAUUGUUGCAAGCACUUGCAGGAAAGCUUGACAAGGAUAUAAGGGUAACUGGGAAAAUAACAUACUGUGGUCAUGAGUUGGCUGAAUUUGUACCUCAGAGAACCUCUGCUUAUAUUAGCCAGCAGGAUCUUCACAAUGGUGAGAUGACAGUGAGAGAGACUUUGGAUUUCUCAGGACGUUGCUUGGGGGUUGGGACCAGAUAUGAAGUGUUGGCGGAGUUGUCCAGAAGAGAGAAAGCAGUAGGUAUUAAACCAGAUCCUGAGAUUGAUGCAUUCAUGAAGGCUACAGCAAUGGCAGGCCAGGAAACUAGUCUGGUGACAGAUUAUGUCCUCAAGAUUCUUGGAUUGGAUAUCUGUGCGGAUGUUCUCGUGGGUGAUGAGAUGAGAAGGGGAAUUUCUGGUGGACAAAAGAAGCGUGUGACUACUGGAGAGAUGUUGGUCGGACCAGCAAAAGCUCUCUUCAUGGAUGAAAUAUCUACUGGGCUUGAUAGUUCAACCACUUUUCAGAUUGUUAAGUUCAUGCGACAGAUGGUCCACAUUAUGGACGUAACCAUGAUCAUCUCUCUUCUACAGCCUGCUCCUGAAACCUAUGAGCUUUUUGAUGAUGUUAUACUACUUUCUGAUGGUCAGAUUGUCUACCAAGGACCACAGGAAAAUAUUCUUGAGUUCUUCGAAUUCAUGGGUUUCAGAUGCCCAGAAAGGAAAGCAGUUGCAGAUUUUCUCCAAGAAGUUACUUCCAAGAAAGACCAAGAACAGUACUGGAUCAAGCAGGACCAACCAUACAGAUAUAUCUCAGUUGCAGAGUUUGCAGAAUGCUUCAAUUCUUUCCAAAUUGGCCAAAAUCUUUGUGAUAAUCUAAGCAUUCCUUAUGAUAGAACUAAAGCACAUCCUGCUGCAUUGGUGAAAGAGAAGUAUGGCAUCCCUAACUGGGAGCUUUUUAAAGCAUGCUUCUCAAGUGAGUGGCUGCUUAUGAAGCGGAACUCUUUCAUCUACAUCUUCAAAACCAGCCAGAUAACAAUCAUGUCAAUCAUUACUAUGACUGUGUUCUUUAGAACAGAAAUGAAGCAUGGUCGAAUAGAAGAUGGGACAAAAUAUUAUGGAGCAUUGUUCUUCAGUCUGAUUAAUGUAAUGUUCAAUGGAAUGGCAGAGCUUGCAAUGACGGUUUUCAGGCUUCCAGUGUUCUUCAAACAAAGAGAUCACCUAUUCUACCCUGCAUGGGCUUUUGGGUUACCAAUUUGGCUUCUCAGGAUCCCCCUCUCACUAAUAGAAUCGGGAAUAUGGGUUGUUCUUACAUAUUACACUAUUGGGUUUGCUCCUUCAGCUGGCAGGUUUUUCAGACAGCUCUUGGCAUUUUUCUGUGUACAUCAGAUGGCUCUAUCUCUCUUUCGGUUCCUUGCAGCAGUAGGAAGAACACAGGUUGUUGCCAACACACUUGGUUCCUUAACCUUGCUAUUGGUUUUUGUGCUUGGAGGAUUUGUCAUUGCCAAAGAUGACAUUGUGCCAUGGAUGAUAUGGGGCUACUGGUCUUCGCCAAUGAUGUAUGGACAGAACGCUAUUGUCAUGAAUGAGUUUCUUGAUGAAAGAUGGAGCACUCCCAAUCUUGACUCCAGAAUUCCUGAACCUACAGUUGGAAAGGCUCUUCUCAUAUCCAGAGGAUUUUUUGUACAAGACUAUUGGUUUUGGAUCUGUAUUGGAGCACUUGUUGGUUAUUCUCUUCUCUUCAAUGUUUUAUUUAUUGGGGCACUGACAUAUUUGAAUCCUCUCAGUGAUUUUAAAACUGUAAUUCUGGAUGAUGAUCCUGAGAAGAAGUGUGAGAAGUCAUCUUCAAAGGAGGAACAUGCAUCAAGAUCCUCAAACGCCAGUUCAUCAUAUAAUGCUAACACAUUUAAAGGUAUUGAUAUGGCAGUGAGGAACACCUCAGGAAAUGUUGAAGACCAUGCUCCUAAAAGAGGAAUGGUGCUUCCUUUCCAGCCCCUUUCGCUUGCAUUCGAUCAUGUGAAUUAUUACAUAGACAUGCCUUCUGAAAUGAAGAAGCAAGUAAUUGAAGAAAGCCGUCUCCAAUUGUUGAAAGAUGUUAGUGGUGCUUUCAGACCAGGUAUUCUGACAGCAUUAGUUGGUGUCAGUGGUGCGGGAAAGACCACCUUGAUGGAUGUGCUAGCAGGAAGAAAGACUGGUGGAUACAUUGAAGGAAGUAUCAGCAUUUCAGGUUUCCCAAAGAACCAAGCAACUUUUGCUCGAGUUAGUGGUUACUGUGAACAGAGUGAUAUCCAUUCGCCUCGUGUUACCGUUUAUGAGUCUCUCCUGUUCUCCGCAUGGCUGCGUCUUGCUCCAGAAGUAAAGAAGGAAACAAGGAAGAUGUUUGUGGAUGAAGUCAUGGAGUUGGUUGAGCUUAAUCCACUGAGGAAUGCUAUAGUUGGCCUUCCAGGAGUAGAUGGUCUUUCAACAGAACAGAGAAAGAGGCUCACCAUAGCUGUUGAGUUGGUUGCUAACCCAUCCAUCAUCUUCAUGGAUGAGCCAACAUCAGGUCUCGAUGCUAGGGCUGCUGCAAUAGUUAUGCGUACAGUGAGAAACACGGUGGAUACAGGACGAACUGUUGUCUGCACAAUUCACCAACCAAGCAUAGACAUUUUUGAAGCUUUUGAUGAUUUACUGUUGAUGAAGAAAGGAGGACAAGUCAUUUAUGCUGGAGCUCUUGGUCACCGUUCUCACGAGCUUAUAGAAUACUUUGAAUCUAUCUCUAGUGUUCCUAAAAUAAAAGAUGGUUAUAAUCCUGCUACAUGGAUGCUCGAGGUCACUACUGCUUCAGUUGAGGCACAACUUGGUCUUGAUUUUGCAGAAGUUUAUGCCAAUUCUACCCUCUAUCAGAGGAAUCAAGAACUUAUCAAAGAGCAAAGCACUCCAGCACAAGGCGCCCAGGAUCUUUACUUCCCUACCAAAUACUCUCAAACCUUCACCACUCAAUGCAAGGCUUGUUUUUGGAAACAGUAUUGGUCAUACUGGAGAAAUCCACAGUAUAAUGCUGUCCGAUUCUUCAUGACAGCAGCAAUUGGUAUUCUAUUUGGUGUCAUCUUUUGGGACAAAGGAGAGAAAAUGAGCAAACAACAAGACCUACUCAAUCUUCUGGGAGCUAUGUAUGCUGCUGUUUUUUUCCUUGGUGCCACUAAUGCUUCUGCCGUGCAGUCUGUUGUCGCAAUUGAAAGAACUGUUUUCUAUCGGGAAAGAGCGGCAGGGAUGUAUUCAGAAUUGCCUUAUGCAUUUUCUCAGGUGGCUAUUGAGACAGUUUACAUUUCAAUUCAGACCUUGCUCUACACUCUUCUUCUUUAUUCUAUGAUUGGGUUCCAAUGGCAAGCUACCAAGUUCUUGUGUUUCUACUACUUCAUAUUGAUGUCCUUUAUCUACUUCACAAUGUAUGGGAUGAUGGUGGUAGCACUGACUCCAGGCCACCAAGUUGCUGCGAUUGUUAUGUCAUUUUUCGUAAACCUCUGGAAUUUGUUCUCUGGUUUCCUCAUUCCUAGGCCGCAAAUUCCAAUAUGGUGGAGGUGGUAUUAUUGGGCUUCUCCAGUGUCUUGGACACUCUAUGGCAUUGUGGUUUCUCAGGUGGGUGACAUUGAUUCAUUAGUGAGCAUACCAGGAGCAGGUGAACUGACAAUAAAGAUGUUCCUAAAGGAUAACCUGGGCUAUGAGCAUGACUUCAUUGGAUAUGUUGCUGUAGCUCAUGUUGGCUUCGUCCUCCUAUUCUUCUUUGUCUUCGCUUAUGGUAUCAAGUUCUUGAACUUCCAAAGAAGAUAACCAGGUUCAGUAUGAGGGGGGAAGAUUCAUUUAAAAAACAGGUGUAUAUUUGGGAUUGCUGGGUUGUUAUUAUGUAGAGGAGAGAAAAUAAUUCUUUGGUUAUCUUCCAAAGAACCCUAUUUUUAUUUAUUAAUCAACCAAAGAAUUUGUUUA